AUGCAAAUUGUUUUGAAUACGUUAACUAUGUGCUGCUUAGGUUUUUUCACCAUAAUUGGUAAAUUGAUUGCAAAUGCAACAUAUGAAACGUUGUGGUACGAUAUGCCCGUAAAUACGAGUAGAAUUAUGAUGUUUAUAAUAAUGAGAUCUCAAAAGCGAUUAACGAUCACGGCAGGGAAAAUGAUGGAUAUGUCAUUCGAAACUUUUGCAAAUAUUAUGAAGGCCACAGCAUCUUAUAUAUCAGUUUUAAAUGCUAUGUACUGA